AUGGUACAUACCACCGAAGGCAGAUCGAACACGAAGCCUGCUGAGCAUGUUGAAGGAAUGCUCUUCCUUCAUGGGGGCAGCUAUGUGGUCUAUGCCCCGAAGGAUGCAGUGUAUCGCUCGCUCGCCUCACGACUGGCUUCACGUUGCGGUCUCUGCGUGCUGUCCAUAGACUAUCGACUCGCUCCUGAGCACAAGUUCCCAGCAGCUUACGAGGAUGCAUGUGCGGCCAUAAAGUGGAUAUCUCGGAACGGACCACCGAAUCGUGAAGGCAACGACACAAAGAAGUCAGCAAGGGACAUCUUUGUUUGCGGAGACAGUGCUGGGGGCGGACUGGCCUUAGCGGCCUGCAUGUCUCAACGUGCAGAUCUUCGCAACAGUCUUCGAGGGGUCAUCGGGUUAUCUGCAUGGGCCGAUUUGACAGCCUCAACAGCAAGCUAUGAAACGCGACAGUGGUGCGCAGAUACAUGUUGGGGUGAUGCUGUUAAUGCCGGCGUUGAUCGCAAGAGUGGCAGGGCAGAGGCAGAGGGCUACCUGGGACGUGGAGGCGUUGAGCGCUGUGGCCGCGACUGGCGUGCCAGCCCUUUCUUUGCAUCGCCAGCACGCCUCCGUUCCCUGCCACCAGUCCUGUUGCAGGUGGGUGAUUUCGAACUGAUCUUGGAUGAGUCUGUCCUUCUUCAGCGGCGGCUGCGAAAGAUCGGUCAUCUGGACGCCCAAGUAUCUGUGUACCCUCGAAUGUGGCAUUGUUGGCACCAGUAUGAAGAGGGCAGCGGUUUGGGACAGAAGUUGUUUCAAGCUCGCAAGGCCCUACGUGACCUCGCAAGCUGGGUUCAGGCUCAUAAGGGCCGACAUGAUGUGGCAGAAAUGAGGGUGCAGGGUGACAAGAGCUGA